AUGGCGAAACUCUUCGAAAAAUACUUUGAAAGUUUAUGUAAUUCUGACAGUAAAAUAUGGUGGAUGUCAGUUAUGUUUUGGGAAUGUAUUAAAUGGAAAGGUGAAGGCAUUCAUAAGUUCAGGAUUGACAAACUAGAUGUACGUGUAUACUGGCCUGCUAAAGCAUUGGCCGAGAUCAGUGAUCGGAAAUAUCCAAUUAAUUAUGAUCACAUUCAUGGAUAA